GAUGGACAAGUUAGCCAUGUAUUAAAUACAAAAAAAAUCCUAGCUCCAUAGACUAUAAAAGCAGAAUCCUAUCCACUGACCAAGCCAAACUGGUAAUUGAUUUCCACAAUUCAAAACCUUAACAACUUGUCUUCUGAAAUGGCUUCAGCUGCAGCAGUCUUACAGCGUUCUGAGUCAAUAACUGAUAGCUUGCCCGAAGCCUUGAAGCAGAGUCGUUACCAUAUGAAGAGGUGCUUUGCUAAGUAUAUCGAAAAGGGAAGGAGGAUAAUGAAACUGACCCAACUAAUGGAAGAAAUGGAGAAAGCCAUUGAUGACAAGAAUGACAAAACUCAGGUCCUGGGGGGAUUACUUGGUUACAUAUUGUGUUCUACACAGGAAGCUAUUGUUAUACCACCUUAUGUUGCCUUUGCCAUAAGACCAAAUCCUGGAUUUUGGGAAUAUGUUAAAGUCAGCGCUGAUGAUUUAUCGGUUGAGGGAAUCACCAUUACAGAUUUCUUGAAAUGUAAAGAAAUGAUCUAUGAUGAAAACUGGGCAAAUGAUCAAAGUGCUUUGGAAGUGGAUUUCGCAGCAUUGGACUAUUCUAUGCCUCGCUUAACCCUAUCUUCUUCAAUUGGAAAUGGAGUCGCCUUGGUUUCAAAGUUCAUAACUUCAACGCUUAGCCAGAAAUUGGAGAAUUCACAGCCACUUGUGGACUACUUAUUAUCACUGAAUCAUCUAGGAGAUAAUCUUAUGAUAAAUAGCACCAUUGAUACUGCUUUGAAGCUUCAGAUGGCACUGAUAGUAGCUGAGGUGUUCCUAUCAGCACUUCCCAAGGACACUCCAUAUCCAGAUUUUGAGCUAAGGUUUAAGCAGUGGGGCUUUGAGAAAGGGUGGGGAGAUACUGCACAAAGAGUAAAGGAGACAAUGAGAACACUCUCAGAAGUACUCCAAGCACCCGAUCCAAUUAAUAUGGAGAAGUUAUUUAGCAGGCUUCCUACAAUAUUCAAUGUUGUAAUUUUCUCUCCUCAUGGCUACUUUGGUCAAUCAGAUGUUCUAGGUUUGCCAGACACUGGUGGGCAGGUGGUUUACAUUCUGGAUCAAGUAAAAGCUCUUGAAGAAGAAUUGCUCCUUAGAAUUAAGCAACAAGGGCUUAAUGCGAAGCCUCAAAUUGUUGUGGUCACGCGGCUCAUACCAGAUGCUCGGGGAACAAAGUGUAACCAGGAGGUGGAAGCAAUCAAUGGUACCAAGCACUCCCACAUUCUUAGGGUGCCUUUUCAGACAGAGAAUGGAGUCCUCCGCCGAUGGGUUUCUCGUUUUGAUAUAUAUCCCUAUCUUGAGAAGUUCAGUCAGGAUGCUACAACCAAAGUCCUUGACCACAUGGAAGGGAAGCCAGAUCUUAUCAUCGGAAAUUAUACUGAUGGGAAUUUGGUGGCAACUCUCAUGGCUAAUAAACUUGGGGUCACUCAGGGAACUAUUGCGCAUGCUUUAGAGAAGACUAAGUAUGAAGAUUCAGACAUCAGAUGGAAGGAAUUAGAUCCCAAGUAUCAUUUCUCAUGCCAAUUCAUUGCUGAUACAAUUGCAAUGAAUGCAACAGAUUUCGUCAUAGCCAGCACAUACCAGGAGAUUGCAGGAAGCAAAGAAAGACCUGGACAGUAUGAAAGCCAUACAGCAUUUACACUCCCGGGGCUUUGCAGAGUAGUUUCAGGCAUCAACGUAUUUGAUCCAAAGUUCAACAUUGCUGCACCAGGGGCUGAUCAGUCCAUCUAUUUCCCUUACAUUGAGAGACAAAGACGACUCACAUCAUUUCACCCUGCCAUUGAAGAAUUACUGUAUAGUAAAGAUGAUAACAAUGAACACAUUGGAUAUCUAGCAGACAAGAAGAAACCUAUCAUCUUCUCGAUGGCAAGGCUUGAUGUUGUGAAGAACAUUACUGGAUUAACUGAGUGGUAUGGGAAAAACAAGAGGCUGAGAAAUCUGGUUAACCUUGUUGUGGUUGGGGGCUUCUUCGAUGCUUCCAAGUCAAAGGAUAGAGAAGAAAUUUCUGAAAUUAAGAAAAUGCAUGCAUUGAUAGAAAAAUACCAACUUAAGGGUCAGAUAAGAUGGAUUGCAGCACAGACUGAUAGGCAACGCAAUGGAGAACUAUACCGCUGCAUUGCUGACUCAAAGGGAGCUUUUGUGCAGCCUGCUCUGUAUGAAGCAUUUGGUCUAACUGUCAUUGAAGCAAUGAACUGUGGAUUACCCACCUUUGCAACCAAUCAAGGUGGCCCAGCCGAAAUCAUUGUUGAUGGGGUCUCAGGUUUUCAUAUUGAUCCCAACAAUGGGGGUGAAUCAAGUAACAAAAUUGCGGAUUUCUUUGACAAGUGCAAGGUGGAUGCCACAUACUGGAGCAAGUUUUCAACAGCCGGUUUGCAACGUAUAAAUGAAUGCUACACCUGGAAGAUAUACGCAAACAAGGUGCUGAAUAUGGGUAGCAUUUAUAGUUUCUGGAGACAACUGAACAAGGAGAAGAAACUGGCAAAGCAAAGAUACAUUCAAUUGUUCUAUGGUCUCCAAUUCAAAAGCUUGGCAAAGAACGUACCUAUCCCAAGUGACGAAGCUCCACCAGCGCCAAAACCAGAUGUCAAGCCGCAGCCCUCAAAAAGCCCAAAACGCUCUCAAUCUCGACUACAAAGGUUGUUUGGAUCUUAAAUUGCACCUCAAGCCUUCAGACAUUGAUGUUGCAUGUAAUUACAGUGUUGUGUCUUCAUAAAGUUCCAUUUCUUUUUAACAUUUGUAAUUAAAAUUAUUGGGUAAUGAUUGAGAAUUGGAGAACUGGGUUUUAUGAUAUAAACCAGUUCUAAGUGUGUAUGAACCAGAUAUUGUAAA